AAUUCAUUUGGAUGUCAUUUGAAGGCUUACUUGGGCAACGAAGAUCAAGCCAAGCAUCACACCAGUGAUCGUUCUUCUCUAAAGCAAACAGACAAAUACGUAGGACAUCCUGCCCAAAAUUUCCAUACAGCGUCGCCGUCGCCCAUCUUCACUCUGGGUCGUGUACUCAGUUACGCAUCACUGCCUUUUGUCUGCCUAGACGCUCAGUAGACGCACGCUGGUCGAGCUAGUGAGGAUAGGUGGAAGUCGUUGGAGCGAUAUCACUCUAAAUCCAAAGAGUGAUACAUUAUCGAAUAAAGAGGAUAUAACGUCAGUCUUGGAUUGGAUUUGCGAGUUGAACAGUAACAAUGUGUAACCCAUGCUGUCUUAGUCAGCUGGCAUGCUGUUGUGGCUCGGCGGCGUGCUCGCUGUGCUGCGGCUGCUGCCCCAAGAUAAAGCAGUCCACCGGCACGCGCUUCAUGUAUGCGCUCUACUUCAUGCUGGUCACGGUCAUCUGCGUCGUCAUGAUGUCGCCCACCGUGGAGAAGGAGAUGCAGAAUCUGCCAUUGUACAAAGACAUCUGUGACCAGCUGAGUGCCGGGGCCAACUGCAACGACCUGGUGGGCUACAGGGCGGUGUACAAGGUCUGCUUUGGCAUGGCCUGCUUCUUUUUCCUCUUCUGUAUCUUCACCAUACGGGUCCAGUCCAGCACGGGGUGCCGGGCAGCCAUUCACAAUGGGUUCUGGUUCUUCAAGUUCCUGGCGCUGCUGGGCUGCUGUGCAGGAGGAUUCUUCCUUCCAAAUCAGGAUACCUUUCUUGAAGUGUGGCGCUACGUGGGGGCAGUCGGAGGCAGCAUCUUCCUGUUCAUCCAGCUGAUGCUCCUGGUCGAGUUCGCCCAUCGCUGGAACCAAAACUGGACGUCAGGGGUGAAGUACAACAAGCUGUGGUACGCGGCGCUGGCCCUGGUGACCCUGGUGCUCUUCACGGUGGCGGUGGGUGCACUGGUCUUCAUGGCCUACUUCUACACGCACCCGCAGGUCUGCUUCCUUAACAAGAUCUUCCUGGGCGUCAACGCAUCCCUCUGCGUCAUCGUCUCCCUGCUGGCCAUCUCGCCCUGCAUCCAGACCUACCAGCCUAUGUCUGGCCUGCUGCAGCCUGGAGUGAUCAGUGUGUAUGUCAUGUACCUGACCUUCUCAGCCCUCUCCAGCAAACCCAAAGAAAGGGUGGAGGAGAACGGAGUCAACGUCACUGUGUGCGUGUUCCCCUUCAGCUCGGGCGAUGAGAGCGGUAAGAGGAUAGCCACAGGAGUGGGCACGGCCAUCCUCUUCUGCUGCAUCCUUUACUCAUGCUUGACUUCCACCACCAGAAGGAGCUCAACCGCUCUGCGGGUGUACAGGAACUCUGUUCAAGAGAGUGAGAGAGCUCGCUGUUGUUUCUGCUGGGGAGAUGACACCGAUGACUUUGAUGAGGAGGAGAAGAAAACGGGCGGCGGCGGUCAGGAUGUCAAUUACGACGAGCAGGACGGCACUAUCUACAGUUACGCCUACUUCCACUUUGUCUUCUUCCUCGGCUCCCUCUACGUCAUGAUGACCGUCACAAACUGGUUCCAUUACAAAGAUGCCAGUAUCGAGGAGCUGCUGGACGGCAGCUGGUCAGUGUUCUGGAUCAAGAUGGCCUCCUGCUGGGUCUGCCUCGUGCUCUACUUGGGGACCCUGGUGGCCCCCAUGUUCUGUCCAAGGAGGUUUGAGGCCUAGAACCAGCGAGACCCCACUCCCAACCCUGCUGCCCAUCCUGUUGUCUCCUACAAAAGGUGGCAACACCCACCCAGGCACACACACACACACAGACACUCAUACACACCCUCUCUCUCUCUCUCUCGCUCUCUCUCUCUCUCUCUCUCUCUCUCUCUCUCUCUCUCUCUCACACACACACACACCACCUCAGUAGUUUGGGUUUUGUUAUUGCUGUUAGGUUUAUCUUUUUUCUACAUUUUUCUACAUUAUGUUUCAUCAUAGGUUUUUUAGUGUGUAUGUGUGUCAAGAGAAGGUUAUCAAUGCCUUAAAGUUCCUAUGACCUGUUUUUUUGUUUGUUUACUUUGUUUGUUUGAUUGUUUGUUUGUUUUCUAUUUCAUUAUGAAGCAUGGAGUUCUGUUACUGUUGCAUUCAUUGUGGAUACAGUGACCACCUUUACCAGUUGUUGGUCGUAAAUGUAUAUAAACAUCUUUUUAAUAUAUGAGGAACCAAUCCCCAGAUUCAAACCCAAGAAACAUUUUGCUCAGGCCCAUAAAGCACCUGUAAGUGUCUUGCUUGUUACAUUGGUAGAUAAUAUAUUCUAUGCAAUUCAACGGGCUUUUGUUAAUUUUUUACUUCUUUAUCAUCUGGUUUCAAACUACUCAUUUCAGCUCAUUGUUUAUUAUUCUUGUUUGCAUCUGUGAGACUCAGUUGAACACCAGGAAAAUACGUUUUUGUAAUUGCACAGACUUUUUUCCCAAAUAUGUCACAUAUUGACCUAAGAUUUGUGUAAAUAUAAAUGGAAAUCAUGGGGCCAAUUUGUCCUUUUGUUUUCUUUUGUUGUAGCUUUUUAUGAUCAGGACAGAAGAUAUUCAUCUUUGUCGGUAGUUGUUGUUGGGUCAGGAAAGAGGCAUAAGUCGUGCGAGAGCUUAAUCUCAGGAUAUGAGGUUUUGGAAACUGAAUCUGGAGAGGAUUAAGGUUUGAAGGGCACAGAGUGAAGUUCGGGAGGUGUGUUACAAUACAGCUGUUAGUCUAUAGUCCAAAUAUGACGUUUUUGUCAUGGGUGAAGAUAUACCAUCAACUAGACACGCAGUGACUUCUCAGCAUUAAGGCCAAAUACUGAAUGCAGCCCUCCAUAUGCACUCAAGAUGUCACUAAGUAGGAUCGGAGGAGGCCAAAGCUAGAACCUAAGGGAUUCAAUGGUGUCAUGUCCAGGCAAAUGCAGAGCAUUGCUAACUCACACAACUACUUAAGUAACCAAGAAGCAGCAUUUCUCUCAAACUGGGUUUGAGCAGAUACAGGUAUUGUACAGCUAUUACAAACUAUUAUUUAACAAUCAGUUUUAAUGCAAUCAGAAGUGCUUUUUACCAGCUCAUGUUUGGUAAGGUUGUCUUUGUGCUUUCCUUUUAAUUACCAUUCAAAGUGGUAAAAAAUAAGUUUUUGAGGAAACGUUGCUCCAUACUAGAGAUGCUUUUUAACAUAAACUUUUGUUUUGUGUUGUUUUGUAAUUUAGUGUUUUGAUGAUCACAUCAGAGAAUAGACAGUGAACUAUUGUUACAUUUUCAUACUAAUAAAUACUAAUAAUAAAUAUUUGUAGAGUCAGUUUCCCAGAUCCAAAUCCACCAGUAUUUAGUAUUUUUCCAUCUUAGUUGUUAAUAUGUACAUAAUAAUAAUGCACUUUUUCUAUCUUUCAUACUGGCAUUUUACAGUUAGAACUAGUAUGUAUUCCUGAUGCUUAGUGUGCAGCUGUAGUACAACAGAUGUAGCAUGAGCUCACAUCAGUGAUCAGUAUGCUUACAGUGUGCAUCACCUGUCUCAGCCCACAACACAUAACAGAAACUGGAAACUUUUUAUAUGAAUGGUUUUAUCCUGUAGUUUUAUGUCUUCAUUUUCUCUUAACAAACUAAUUAGCCAUAUAGGAAGGGGUGAGAUUUGUGAUAUAGACUAAUUGAUUUGCAUUUUAAUUUUAAUUGAUUUGAAUUGCCAUCUUGCAAUGUCGUGCAAUUCUUUACUCAGACGUUUUGUGGGUCACUUUUCAGAAGCUAACAAAAGUGUGUAAAGGUCAGUCCCUUUAAAUAGUCACUGUGGGUAUGUUUCACUCAUUAUGAACUAAUUACUUGCUCGUUUGUCACCUUUGAAUGCAAUUCUUAAACUUAAAAAACCUAUGAAAAAUAGUAAUUAACAGUAAAGGGGUCUUCAAGGUAGCACAUUUCAUUUUUAAUACCGUAUAUUUAUUUCUCUUAUCUCAGCAGUCAAAGUAAUUGUUGUAAUUUCAGUCUUAUGAUUAAUAAUUAGAAAUAAAUUAUCUUUUUAUGAUCUAAUUCUGACAUUUAAAACCACUUACAAUUAAUUGUUGGUGUGAGAGUUGUGUGUUGGUGUGAGAGUUGUGUACUGAUAUGAUGCUUGCCAUUAUUUUUGUAAUGCUCAUAGUUAUUUGUUUAGUACUUUCAAAAUGCUUCUAGGUCAAAUUCUUCAGUUGCCAACCUCGUCAGGGUUGUGUUAUAAAAAUGACCACUAGGAGUGCUAAUACUGCACUUUCAAUUCGGUGUGUUUACAUCUGUUACAUAUUUGGUAGGUGCAUCUGAAUGAAACAUAGCUGUUUUGUUUUUUAAGGGGCAAUACAUAGGUUGAGUCAAAGGCAUAAUUGUUGUUGUCCAAUUGUGAAAAAACAACAAAAAACCUAACAGACAAAUUAUAAAUGAGACUUUUAAAAAGCUAUUUGUGUUCAUAUGUUGUUGUUAUUUUUGUUGUUUUUAUUGUUGUUUUUAAUUCAUUUUCUUGUAUACAUAAAUUAGUAUUGGUAGUGAAGUACCAGUGUGUGGGUGAAGAUUGAGGUGCUGAGCAGUGUGCUAGAGACCAUCUGUACUGCCAUGAACGAGCCUUACAUCAUGAAGUACAAACUCUAUUCUGUCCUGUACUGAAUUCUCAGUUUUUCAGUGGUCUUUUUAAUGAUUAAAUUUAAAAUCUAAAUGUAA